AAAUCCUAUCCAGAGGUCAGAAGGAAACUGAUAAAUCUAAAACUUUUCCUCUCCAAUCGUUUUCUUUCCCCUGUUUCUCUACUCCUUCCAGCAAAAUAUUUAACUUUCUUGGCGCAGGAGAAGACCCCAAUUGCAGCCCUUCAUGGCACUUUCUUCUGUUUCCUCACUCUCACUAAAAUGUCUACCCUCAUCUUCCUCUAAAUCAAAGGUUCCGAGUUCUCUACAACCCAGAAAAUCAUUUUCCAUUGUCUCUCAAGUAAACUUACAAAAGGAUCAAACUCAAGGUGAGUAUGAUUGUUCGGAGAGGAAACACAUUGGCAAGAUUUCAGAGCCAAAGAGAUGGCAAAAGUGGGUUUCAACUGCUUUGGCUGCUGCUGCAGUCAUUAGUUUUAGCUCAGGCAUGCCUUCAAUUGCUGAACUCAACAAGUAUGAGGCCGAUACGCGUGGCGAAUUCGGAAUUGGAUCCGCUGCUCAAUUUGGUUCUGCAGAUCUCAGAAAAGCAGUGCAUGUGAACGAAAAUUUCAGGAGAGCCAAUUUCACAUCUGCUGAUAUGAGAGAAUCCGAUUUCAGUGGCUGUACAUUCAAUGGCGCUUAUCUUGAAAAGGCUGUUGCAUACAAGACCAAUUUCUCUGGCGCAGAUUUGAGUGACACAUUGAUGGAUCGUAUGGUAUUGAAUGAAGCAAAUCUUACAAAUGCGGUGUUGGUUCGAUCAGUGCUAACACGGAGCGAUUUAGGCGGUGCCACUAUCGUGGGUGCUGACUUUAGUGAUGCUGUCAUCGACCUUCCCCAAAAGCAGGCACUUUGUAAGUAUGCGAGUGGGACGAACCCAGUGACGGGAGUGAGCACGAGGGCAAGCUUAGGGUGUGGAAAUAGUCGCAGAAAUGCAUAUGGAACACCGUCAUCUCCGCUACUCAGCGCACCGCCGCAACAAUUGCUCAAUCGUGACGGUUUUUGCGAUGAAGGCACUGGUCUUUGUGAAGCCACUAAAUAGAUGUAUGUAUAUGUUAUAAAUCUUGUUGUAUACUAAUCUCAAUUUCCCAUCUUUUGAACACAAAAUAACAAAUUCAAGUGCUUUAAGCUUGAGACCAAUUAGCAUUGGAACUUGAGAACUCUUACGGAGAAGUGUGGAUGGUUCGGUUUUCCGCUGAUUAACAAACAUAUAUUAUA